AAUAUCACACUAACCGAAUCAGGGGUUUUAAAUCAACCGGUUUAAAUGGGUGUCUAAUGUGCAGGACUGACGUCUAUUCGCAUUCCGGGCAGCUGAUCGCGCGUGCAACACUGGAUCAGGAAAAAUGCAACUUGGCUUGUCGGUUUCUGACAGUGAUGCGUCUCCGUUCACCCCUCUGGUGGUCCUGGAGCUUGCUCAUGACACUAAAGCAGAGGCCAUCGCUUGGUUACUAAACAGAAUCAGAGACAAGCAGCGUAAUGGAGGAGCAGAGCUGUUGGUGGACCAGCUGCUGUUUCCAGCUCAGGAUGGUCAGAAGCCAAAUCCAAAUGUUUUUGUUGUGGGCUCCACGUUACAGAGGCUUUUAAUUGGAGCUGAAGAUGUGGGCUUGUUUAAGGAGUUUCAAGAUGGCACAAUGCGCGGGUUCACUUAUGCCAACAGAGAAAGCUUCAAAGACUUUGAAGGAGACGGUGAAGGAUUUCUCAGUGAUGCGGAGUGUCAGUAUAUUGUUAAACAUGAACUGGAUACACUUAGAGCGAAAAACGAAGAGUAUAUACCAGGAUAUCCCAAGUAUAAGCUUUACCCUGGAAAAUCAAUUGUACGCAGACUGCAGUCUAAAGGUGUCCUUGUCCAGUAUUUCCCUCUCCAUAACAAAGAAGACCUUAAGAGACUCUCGUUCUCGUGGUACAAAAAGAUCAAAUUGUCCUUCCAGCCACUUGAUGACAUCAGAAGUUACUUUGGUGAAGGUCUGGGACUCUACUUUGGAUUUUUGGAGUAUUUCACAUUUGCCUUGAUACCCAUGGCCCUCAUUGGUAUCCCCUACUACCUCUUCGAUUGGGAGGACUACGACAAGUACGUCCUGUUUGCCGUCUUCAACCUGGUUUGGUCUACAGUAUUUCUGGAAGUAUGGAAGCGGUGCAGCGCUACGUUAGCAUACAGCUGGGGAACUCUGGGCCGUAAAAAAGCCUUUGAAGAACCAAGAGCUGGAUUCCAUGGACCCUUGGGGUUGAAUCCAGUCACCGGCCGAGAGGAGCCAAUCUACCCUAGCUCCAAGCGACAUUUGAGGAUAUAUUUGGUGUCGGUCCCUUUCGUUCUGCUGUGCCUGUAUUUGUCCUUUUACGUGAUGAUGGUUUACUUUGACAUGGAGUUCUGGGCCAUAAGCAUAUACCAUGAAAAUCCCAACUUUGCAACCAGCGUUCUGCUGUUUGUCCCGAGUAUCAUCUAUGCUGUGGUCAUCGAGAUCAUGAACCUGCUGUAUCGCUACGCUGCAGAGUUUCUCACAGACUGGGAAAACCACAGACUGGAGUCCUCAUUUCAAAAUCACCUUGUGCUCAAGGUUUUGGUGUUUAACUUUGUAAACUGCUUUGCCUCUCUCUUCUACAUUGCCUUUGUCAUGCAAGACAUGGUGCUUCUGAGACAGAGUUUGGCCACCCUGCUCAUCACCUCUCAGAUCCUGAAUCAAGUGAUGGAGGCAUUUUUGCCCUACUGGCUGCAGAGAAGGAGGAACAAGAGAGUCUAUAAGAGGAUGAGGAGACUGAUGGGUGAUAAAGAACUCCCUCUGCUGGAACAAAUUCAGCUGGAGACUGAAAUGAACACCUAUUUGGGCACGUUUGAUGACUACCUUGAGCAGUUCCUGUUGUUCGGCUAUGUGAGUCUCUUCUCCUGUGUGUAUCCACUGGCUGCUGUUCUGGUGGUGCUAAACAACAUCACUGAGGUUUAUUCUGACGCCUUUAAGAUGUGUCACGUUUUCAAGCGUCCCUUCUCAGAACCAGCUGCGAACAUCGGGGUGUGGCAGUUGGCAUUUGAGACGAUGAGUAUUAUUGCUGUGGUGACCAACUGUGCCUUGAUUGCUUUAUCUCCACAAGUGAAAGCAUAUUUCCCGGAAUCGGAUGCUCAGCUCAUCCUAACUGUGGUGGCCAUAGAGCACGUGCUCUUGGCCUUCAAAUUCAUCCUGGCGUUCGUCAUACCAGAUGUUCCUAAACACAUCCAAGUCAAACUAUCCAAGCUGGACUUCGAGUCCCUAGAAGCUCUUAAGAAAAGGAAAAUCCUGGAAGUUGCGGAGACCUGAAAUACGUGGAUUGAGUGAGCUGUAACAGCAUGACGGAAGUCCUCAAUGUGUGGACAUGCUCUAAAACAUCUAGAGUUAUAUUUAACUGACUUUAAAUAUGCACUCCUUGCCAGGCUAUUCAAAACAAAUGGCUUGAUUAUAUUCAGGACAUGACAGGGUUAUUUUAAUAUACAUUUUUCCUGGUAUUAGUUGCAUGCAUUGCUUUAUGAUUUCUCGGUCAAUACAAAUGUUACUGGUAUAAUGAGAGACGGGUGGGAAUGUAGGAAUCCGAUCGUUGCAUGUGUGUUAAGGGUUGAUACAUGUAUUGUCAAAUGACUGGGUUGAUUUGUUUAUCAAAGUACACGGAUAUUUAUUCUCGUCUAAAGCUGUAAAAGUAUGUUGUAUAAGACGUGUUUGGAAGGUUUUUAGUUUUCAUUCACACCAACCAAAGACAGAGCAGUGCCUUUACACAUCACUGUAUCGCGUUCAAAUGCUUUUGUUUACAGAUGUCAAGCCUGACUUUGCUCUGUACUGUACUUGAAUUAAGCAUAUUCGUUAUCUUGUACCUGAAUAUAAACAUUUUAAAUAUACAGAUCG